GGCGGCGCGGCGGCCAACGGCGCGGGCGCCUCCUCCGCCUCGGCCUCCGCCUCCGCGCAGGGCAAGCGCGGCCCCUUCGCGCGGAGCCUCUCCAACGCCGACGUGCCGCCCGACGAGAAGGCCGACGGCAGCCUGAGCGACACGGCGGUGACGCACAUGCACGGGCUGGAUGGCGGCGGGCGGCGCUCCAAGCUGAGCGGCGACCGGGGCGAGCGCGGCGAGCGCGGCGACCGGGGCGAGCGGGGCAAGGGUGGCUCCGCGGGGCAGUUCGCCGGCAUGGGCAAGAAGAGCAGCUCCACCUCGCAGCUCUCCGCCACAGAAGGUGGCUCUAGAAAAGGUAGCUCCUCCUCUAGCUGUGGCAUCCAGCGCUCUCAAGAAGUGGGUCCACCACGUCACCAACACCUUCCCUACCGCCCACCCUCUAAACUCUCCACUGAGGGCAGCCUCAACAGUGUUUCUAGUUCAGAAGGAUCCACGUGGUCGCCGUCGCUGCGCCUGGCGCAGGAGAGUGGCCAACUGUCCGACUUCAUCGACGGGCUGGGGCCCGGCCAGCUGGUGGGGCGACAGGUGCUGGGUGCGCCGGCGCUUGGGGACAUCCAGCUGUCCAUGUGCUACCAGAAGGGGUACCUCGAGGUGGAGGUCAUCCGCGCCAGAGGCCUGCAGGCGCGACAGGGUUCCAAGAUGUUGCCAGCGCCGUACGUGAAGGUGUACCUGGUGAAUGGCAAGAAGUGCAUCGCGAAAGCAAAAACUGCGACAGCACGACGCACACUCGACCCCCUGUACCAACAGCAGCUUGUGUUCCGGGAAAACUUUCAAGGCUGUGUCCUACAGGUGACAGUAUGGGGCGACUAUGGCCGCAUUGAGGGCAAGAAGGUGUUUAUGGGUGUGGCCCAGAUCCACCUCGAUGACCUGAAUCUCUCCAACAUCGUCAUCGGCUGGUACAAGCUGUUUGGGACCACCUCUUUGAAAAUAUAUUGUGUGUGUUGUGCUUUGUGCAUCGAGCUA